AUGGUCAAAACCACAUUCACAUCUAUAAUUGCCUUGGCCUUGGGCGUUACCUCUGUUUUCUCUGCCCCUGCGUCCUCGGUCGCACCUCCUCCGGAUUUUGCCGUCUUUGGCAUUAACGGCUCCGGUUGCCCUCCUGGAUCCGCUAGCUAUUAUAUUGACGACAACGCCGCCCUCAACGUCGUCUACAGCAGUUUCUACGCAGAGGCGGGUCCUGGAAUCCCCAUAUCUGAAAACAGAAAAAAUUGCCAGUUGACGCUGGGGGUUCGUGUCCCGCAAGGAUUCUCGUUUGCACUUGCAUCCACUCAAGUUAACGGCUAUUAUUAUCUCGAUCAAGGCGUCACGGCUGCCCAAGAUACCCUGUAUUACUUCCAAGGAUCUCUGAGUCAAGGCAAUGCAACCCAUAGAGUAACCGGCCCGAUCCCAGGUAUGGGCAAAGCAAAACUUCAUGCCUCUCGCGCCUCUUAUUAA